CACACUCACACACUUACAGCUCCUACCAGACCUCCCCACCAUGGCCACCUCCACCAUGUCCAUCUGCUCCAGUGACCUGAGCUACGACAGCCGGGUCUGCCUGCCUGGUUCCUGUGAUUCUUGUAUUGACUCCUCCUGGCAGGUGGAUGACUGCCCAGAGAGCUGCUGUGCCCCCAGUUGCUGCCACUGCUGUGCCCCCACCUGCUGUGGCCCCGCCUCCUGUAUGACCCUCAUCUGUUCCCCAGUGAGCUGUGUGUCCAGCCCCUGCUGCCAAUCUGGCUGCUGCACACCUUCAUGCUGCCAAUCUUCAUGCUGCCAGCCAGCGUGCUGCACCUGCUCCCCCUGCCAGCAGUCCUGCGGUGUGACUCUUUGCUGCAAGCCUGUCUGCUGCACGCCUGUCUGCUGUGGAUCCUCCUCAUGCUGCCAGCAGUCUAGCUGCCAGUCCUCUUGCUGCCAGCCAUCCUCCUGUGCGGCUGUCUGCUGCAAGCCUGUCUGCUGCACGCCUGUCUGUUGCACACCUGUCUGCUGCAAGCCUGUCUGCUGCACACCCGUCUGCUCUGGAUCCUCCUCAUGCUGCCAGCCACCCUGCUGUGCACCUGUCUGCUGCAAGCCUGUCUGCUGCAAGCCCUGCUCCAGCAUGUCCCUGUUCUGUCGCCCUGUGUGCAGACCUGCCUGCUGUGUGCCCACCUCCUCCUGCUGUGCCUCCUCCUGCCAGCCCAGCUGCUGCCGCUCAACCUCCUCCUGUGUGUCCCUGCUCUGCCACCCUGCCUGCUCCCGCCAGGCCUCCUGUGGCCUCUCCUCAGGCCAGAAGUCCAGCUGCUGAUGGGUCUAUCCUGCAAAUGGGGAAGGGGCCACAGCUUAUCUCCUUCCUUGACUCACAGUGACCUGUAGGGAAGUAUCAGCUUUGGCACAGCUCCACAAUGCCACACCCCAACAGCCGGCGCCCGCUCCCCACCUGCAGCUCUCCAUAAAGGCCUUACAGCACUCCCACCACCCCAACAUGCCUCUGCUUUUUCCCAAUGCAUGUCUUUCCCUGACAUUAAUAAACCUCUAUU